GUUUUCCAGAGACAGAGGGCUUUCUAUAGGUCGUGUUCGUGUUUGAUCAGAAGGUCGAAACUUGAAGGGGAUUUUAGCUUCCGGUCACUGCUAUAUCAGAAAGUUUUUCCAGAUGCCUCGGAGACCAUCAGGAGGAGGAAGAAGGUUCUUAAAGCAUCAACCUUUAGCCUUUUCACCGUUUAUGCGGUCACUUGCUUUAGCUUCAAGGCGUAAACUGCAUCAUCAAGAAAACUCUCAGCCUUCUGAAGAGUUGAUGUCUUUUGAGGAAAGGGUCCCAACUUCGUCUAAAAAGGAGAAAAAGGAACAGCUUUCAGACUCCUCUGAUGAAGAAGACUCUCAGGGAGAUGUGCAAGCAGACUUUGAGUUCUUUGAUCCUAAGCCUACAGACUUCAACGGGGUCAAGAUCCUCCUUAAAAACUAUCUUGAUGACAAGGAGUGGGACUUGAGCAGUUUUGUUGAUUUAAUUUUGGAACAGACAACAGUGGGAACUGUUGUGAAAGUGGCAGAUGAUGAGGAUGAGUCUGUGUUUGCUGUUGUCUCUGCUCUUAACUUGGCAAGAUACAAGGAACAUAAAUGCUUCAGAGAGCUUAAAGAGUUUCUUCUUCAAGUUUGUUCAGAGAAGAGUAUAGCUAGUGAUCUUAAAGUGCUGUUAGAGAAAAAGGCACAGGAUGUUGGUAUCUUGGUGUCUCAAAGAGUGAUGAAUUUGCCGCCACAGCUUCUUCCUCCACUGUAUGAUGGGUUGUUUGAUGAAAUAUCAUGGGCCACUGAAGACGAGCCUACAGAGGAGCUUCGUGUCUCGUUCCGCUUCAAGUGGUAUCUACUUGUCACCAAGAUAUACAAGCUGAAGAAUCCUAAGCAGAGGAAGCCGCGUCGUGGUGAAGAAGAGGAUGAGGAAACAGUAUUCCUUAAGCCAGAAGAUGAACUCUUUCUCCAGCUGAGUUCUUGGUCUUUUACAUACCCUAUGCGCUCACAGCUGGUGACUUCUCAAGAAAUGAAGAAUUAUCAGCUGAUGGGUCUAGUGAUGGCUGUGGAAGCAAAAAGGAUUCCUGAGUUCAGACAGAUGUUGAAUUCUCUCAUUUAUUGAAUGAACAAUGAUGAACAUCUUCUUAAGAGAUCCUUACUUUGGUCGUUUGUUGUCUAUUACUGCCAGUUUUGAUGAGAUUAUUCCGGUGGUUUUCCAGCAUAAUUCCAAUGUUUUGUUGUUUUAUCCAGCAAUCUUCUACAUGUACUGGGAACUCUAGUUUCGUGCGUCGGAAACAGUGUCUUGGGAAACUCUCUAAUCAUGUUUUAUAGCAUCUCUA